AUGGAGCAGCUUGGAUCCCUACGGGAAAAGCUCUUCCUGACACGCUACGAGGUAAUACAUACCGAGCCGGGCUUCAGACUCAGGCAAGAUAUAUGGCCGGGUCCUGUCACCGUCGUGGGUACGGGCAAUCUUAUGGAAGAUCGCAUGAUAAACCACUGGCCAACGAAUGAGCUCUAUCAUCAGUAUCACGACACAUUCCUCGACGCGCCGUUGGACCAACUUCCCAAGGAUAAUUGGCGCCAGUAUAAUGAGUAUGGCUACUUUACCUCUCAGCUGUGGCAUGAGGAAGACACCUAUUACACAUCCGUAUCAUUUCAACAAAGUAUCGGAUCAGUCCGCACCGGCUUCAGUAAUGAGCAACUUGCAAAGCUACGGAAGCAGAUCAGUACUGCAAAGUGGUCAGGCCUCAAAUCUCGGUAUUGGGACCUGCCAAGCUGGCCAAUCUCUUACCGCGAUUACGUCUGGGAAGUGUUGACAAGCGAGGGAGUCGACAUGUUGAAUGUCGAUGAUUUACAGAGCGCAGCGAGAAGAGGUUGGACAAAGGGCUACGUGCAAAGCGUGAUAUGGGUGGCCUUGACUUCGUCUGCAAUCUUUCUCACUGGUAUGACGAUGACAUGGUUUGGAUUCCGGGCUAUCAAAAAGAAUAUGAAGGGUCUUCAAUGUCAGGGGAUCGUGUUGGCAUAA